AUGGCAGUAACUGCAAAUGAUCUAGAACAAAGCUAUUUUGACGUUACAAUAGGGUUUAGAAAUGGUGGCAUGGCCGUGCAUUCCUUUGAAUUGGUACCUGACGGAGAAUCGACCUUUGAACUUCAGCUAUGGCACUCAGGCUCGGCGACGGAAGGGGCAGCCGUAACGGCUCUGGCAUCCCACAAGGACUUUCUACUUGCGAUAUCAGAAGACAAUGUCCUUUACCUUUAUCAACUGUUCUCUGAUGAUUCCCAACAGUUAGGACUGGACAGAAAUGAGACGACAAAGAGGAGACAUUCCAUACGGCUGAUUGCCUCGCUUGUCGCGAAUAACAUACAGUCACCAUUUUCUCUUUCUGUCCGGACAACGUCUACCCAUGCCAUUGCAUCUGUGAGCUAUGCCUUCCCACGCAUUGGCUGUGGCUGGUCUGUCGGAAUCCAGGAGCUCUACUGGAGUAAAGAUGGCGGAGAUCUGACGUCUCGACUUGCAACGACCGUGGACUCCCAGUAUCUCAGCAGCACACUGACACAACCGGCUCCAGGUCCACAGAUAAAAGGAUCCAGGCAGAUGACGUCGACCCUUGGCUCCUCUGGACAUGUUUCCUCCUCCACCCCGUCGCUCUCUUACACCCAACCACCAACAUCACUUUCAUAUUCCCACCCUUAUCUUCUUGCGUCCCACGCCGACAAUACACUGACGAUGUACCUAGUUGUAUCGACGGUCGAUAACUUAUCCAUCAAGACCGGUCGACGGCUCUGGGGCCAUACAUCGGCUGUGUCUGGCGUGCAGGUGAGCUCGCGAGGGAAAGCAGUAUCUGUGAGCACAAAGGGAGACGAAAUCCGCAUCUGGGAACUUGAAGAGAUGAUAUCGUCUCGCCCAGCAUCAAAGGCGGCUUUGGUAGGGGAUAGAAGCGUCCAACUGAGUCCCGAACCUAGGCGAUCAAGAACCAACCCGUUCAGCGUCUUAUCCCGGGCGGUGAAGAGGCAGGUUGCAGCCAUGGAAGGGGUCAAAGGCAUUUCCUCCGAGGUCACGCUCUCCUGCAUCAAGGGGCCGGUCGAGUUCGACGACAAACAAGUAGUAGUUCUCCGUGAGCAGAGUCUAGGCACACAGUUACUCGGCUGCUACGACUUUACAUAG